CGCCGCGCAUGCGCGCGAUGGGUCCCCGGCGCCCGCCAAUCGCAGUCGCGACGGUUGACGCGGCAUGGGCGGAUCCUUGCAGAAGGUUGGGGAUAGCGCUGGACUCCGGCUUCGCAGACGCGCAAGGAGAAGGAAGUGUCCGUGUUUCCUCAUCAAGUCAGGAAUGCCUCUCUUUGGGAGUAUAUUCAGCCCAAAGAAGACCCCUCCUCGGAAGUCUGCCUCUCUCUCCAACCUGCAUUCUUUAGAUCGGUCAACGCGGGAGUUGGAGCUGGGCCUUGACUAUGGAACUCCCACCAUGAACCUGGCGGGACAAAACCUGAAGUUUGAAAAUGGCCAGUGGGUGGCAGACACAGUGAUUAGCGGGGGUGUGGAUCGGAGAGAGACCCAGCGCCUGCGCAAGCGGAACCAGCAGUUGGAAGAAGAGAACAAUCUCUUGCGGCUGAAAGUGGACAUUCUGCUGGACAUGCUUUCAGAGACCACUGCAGAGUCCAACUUGAAGGACAAAGAAUUGGAUGAGCUGAAGAUUAGCAACCGCAGGAGGAAGUGAAGUGCCUGGGAAGGCUCGCUAGGAGAUUAGCAAGCGUCCCACUGACUGGGGAUGUGGCAGAGCCCUUUGAUUUUUAGUCAAAUUAAUAGACUUGCCCUAGGAGAGAGCAUUAACAGACCCUAGCUCCCUUGGACUUGGGGGUAGGGAAGUGGCACGGAUUGAAAGACAUCAAGGUUCCAACCAGGGCCAUAGCUUGGGCGGCACCAGACACACGACCCAUGGUGUCAAUCUAAGCAGGCCCCAGGAAGGUCUAGAAAACAGUCAGCCUUUGCUUGCUGUCUGCAGGGGACAGGUAUGACUAACUAUCCACGUCUCAGAGUCACCGUGUUCAGACAACUGGCAGUUCACCUCCUAACACGGUGGCUGGGGUUUGGCACUAGUUCCAGAGAGCACUUCCAGUGAGGGGAACGGUAAGUGGGUCUGGGUUCUCUGUCCCCUCCAGCCAUGUUCUCUCUGCCUUCAAAGAAUCCUCAUCCCCAAAUCCACAGCCUUUUCUGGCAUCAGCUUCCCAGCAGCAAGCUCCCACCUUCCACAGCACAUUGUAAUUUACUCGGCUUUCCUGUUUUGACUAUUUUUAUUUGUAUUAAAUGGUAUUCACUAA